UAAACAUUGGCUCCGUAUAAUAAAUUAGAAAUAAUAAGUCUAAGGCAAUAAAACAACGAAAAAAUGUAGCAAAAAGACAGUACGUUAUUGUGACUAUGUGUGAAAGUGUUUGCAAAAAUAAUUAUAAACAAACAGUGACGUUAUUGUGCUAAAAAAACAGUGAACUUAAUACAAGCUGACAUCAGCUGUUAAUGACUUGUGAAUAUAAAUUAAUCAACAAAAACUGUUACAGUGCUAUUUCCAUCACAAAUAUAGCUAAAAGAACUUAUUAUUUGUAAAUAUUGACUGUGUAAUCUUUAAAGUGACGGUAUUAAUAACUUUUGUGAGAAACAAUCUACCCGAUACCAGAAUCUUGUGUAUCUCGCACAACUGUUGGACUGCUAGCACUUUUUCGCCGCUACUAACUAUGAAUGCGCUGGCGUAGCGGUUGAGUAUAGUGACUCGGCGCGCCGUGCAAAAUCUGUGGAACCAAGUUCGAAUCCGGCCUAUUCUCGUUUUGGAUUUUUUCAAACAAAAAUACAAUUAUGAAUAACUCAAAGACAGAAAAUAUAACUUGCGCUCAAUGUCGCAAAGUUAUAAAACACAAGCAAUUUCUUAAAUGUUCUCGUUGUAAUUUGACAUAUGAUUUGAAGUGCACCAAUAAAGAAAAAUUGUACUAUUUGAUGGAUAAUGAACGAAAAUCUAAGUGGACUUGCGACAAAUGCAAUCGUAAAAAAUACUGCACGAAAAAGAACAAUAGCACUUCCAAUACCCCUGUACACUCUAAAUCUACAGAUAAAUGUAAAACUCAGAAUGAAAUAAGCAAUUUAUCAGCAGAAAAUAAUACUAAUCAUUCUCCUAUUUUGAUACCAACAUCGGCUGAUAAAAUUAACUUAUCGACUAAUCAAGAAGUCGAUAAUGUUACAUAUCGUAAGAAGCAGGCAAUAUUAGUGAAUGUUCCUACAUCUAACUCAUUCGACUCCUUACAAACUGAGGUAAGCGAAUAUGAAAAUGAAGACAUCUCUAGUAGUACACCCAAGAAACUAAACAGAAGCUGCCCAGAAAUUAUUGUUAAAAGUCACUUAGAUUACGAAGCUUUAAAAGCUAGGCUUGAUAACCUACAACAAAGGUUUGAAUCUGCUGAACAGCAAAUUGAGUUUCUCUUGUCAGAAAACUUUAGUUUAAAAAAGACAGUUGAAGAAUAUAAAUCCAAAAUAUGUAACUUAUCGUCAAUAUGCAAGAACACUGACCAACCAUCAGCAUCCAAAAGUAGACUACGCUCAGUGAAAAAAUCAACAAUUAAAAAUAGACGAACUAUUGAUGAUUCAAUCAUGGCUGAAUGCGUACACCCAUCGUCUCCAUCUCCAGUAACAUGCUCAGAAAAGCCAACGCAAUCGAAACUUUGCAUUAUAAGCUCUAACCAAAAUAACAACAUACUGAUGCCACUAUAAGUUACCACAUAGAGGCGUUCUGGAC